AUGACCGGUCUUCUAGACCCCAACCGCAUGGCGAAUACGCGGCUGGCGACGGACCAAGUCGCGCGCCGGGUCAACGACAUCUCCAAGGCCAACUUGGGGGUUGACUGGGAGUUCGAGAAGGCCCCGUACAGCCGCGCGAACCCGGCACCGUUGGUGAGUCCCUGGUCUCCGUACUUCGCUGCUGCUCAUCUUCUUAUCCGCCCUGACGCGACGCGAGAGGUGCUUCCGAAUGCCAUCGGACAUCCUUACGACCGGGCGCGGGCGCAGGUGGUGCGGGUCACCUCAGAGGAGCCCGAGGCCCACGGCGGAGGGGAGGCGGCGGCCGCGAACGCGGGCGCCGAGUCACCGAUCUCGCUGGCGCUGGCGGCGGCGGACGCCGCGUCCGGUGAGGGCGCCGCGUUCCGGAGGAGCCGGUCCGGUACCGUCGACCGGGAUGGGGAGGAGGCGCCGGUGGACCCGGAUCUCGGUCUGGACCCGGCUGACGCCGAGGGCCUGGCCUGGUGGGACCCGAACCGGGCCGAGGCGGAGCUGGAGGCGGCGUCGACCCAGGCCUGGGUCAGCGCUGCGACGGCGUGGGCGCGAGCCGGCGAGGAGGCGGCGUGGCCGAAGAUGCCGGCGGGAACGGUGGUGGCGACGACGGUCUUCGUGCCGGCGUCGGAGGGGGAGCACGGCCAAGGUGGCCGUGCAGACAUGAUGGACAUCGACCGGGAGGUCAUGGUUGUCGAGGACGACACCCCACCGCGGACCGACAUGGUCGAGCGAGAGGGGGCCAAUGGAGGCGACGGCGAUGCCAUCUUGGAGCAGGCGACGCGGACGGGGCUGGAGGGGGCGUCCCGGAUGCCAGCCAGCGAGGCGCCGCUAGUGGUGGAGCCUCAAGCCGCUCCGCCCACCGAGCCGGCGUCGGUGUCGGAGAGGGUGCUGGAGAAGGCGCCGGCUUCAUGGGAGGCGGCCUGUGGGGAGCACGCCCUGCAACUGGGCUCCUACCGAGUCACCAUCUUCAACCGGCUCCUCGAGACGCACCGGCGUGUCAAGGAGAAGCUUGCCGCCAAGGAGGAGGAGCUCCGCGUUGCGGCAGACGUCAGCCGGCUCAGGGCCGAGGUGGAGAAGGCGAAGGCGGAGGCAGCGGGAGCCCGGCAGGCGCUCGACGAAGCCGGCCGGCUGCGGGAGCAGCUGGCGGGCGACAAGAGCCGCCUCGAGGGCGAGGUAGAGUGCCUUAAGGCGGAGGCCGCCAAAGUCUUGGAGGCGCAGCGAGCCCUUGCCGAGGUGGACCAACAACGCGGCAAGCUGUCCGACGACAAGGGGCAACUCCAGACCGAGGUGGAGCGCCUGAAGGCGCUGGUGGCCACGGCGGAGGAGACCUGGCACGGGGAGACCCGGCUCCGUGAAGAGGUCGUGAAGGCGGCCGAGGACAAGGACGCUGAGCUGAAGGCGGCCCUUGCUAAGGUCGCCGACCUGGAGAAGGCGCUGGAGGAGCAUGACCGCACUAUUGCCCGGGAGCGGCACGGAGCCUUCCCGGAGACGCGCCAGCUGGCGGAGGAGGCGGUCCGCUUUCAGCGCGACCCGCAAGGGAUCGUCGGCUUCGGGACGGACCCGCGGGUGGCCUGGACCUUCCCGGAGAUAGUUGCUGCUGCCGAGGCCCGUCUGCGAGUUCUGAGAGAGCAGAUGGGGCGGCUCUCUGAGGCCAGCGCGGUGAUGACAGCGGUCCUUUGGCCGGGUUCCGUUGCGCCGAGCAGCUUCACACGGCUGGCGCGCUGGCUGGAGGCGGGUCCGGAGUGGCUCCAUGACUGGCGAGUCUCCGCCGCCCGUGCUGGCGCCGAGAUGGCGCUCCGGUUCGCGAUGUCCUGGCAUCCAGACUUGUCGCUGGACGCGCUGAUGGGCCAGCGAGCCGGCUCGGAGAGCCAGCUGCAGGCGGAGGCCGGCCGGAUUUCUGCUCGGGCCAGCUAUAUCGCCGGGUUCGCCUUCCAUGACGAGUUCCGGCCGGAGCGGGCGGAAGACGGCGGAGUCGUGCCUGCUGACGACUACGGCCUCCUUCUGAACGACCCGGAGGGCAGUUCUGAGGAGACGGGCGUCUACCGCGACGCGGACGGCGGGGAGGAAGAUACCGGCACCUCAGCGGACCCGGGAGCUACGCGAUCCGGCGAUGGGGACGCCUGA